CGCAUUCGAGAUGGCAGCACUGAACAAUCUGAGUAUAGCGUACACAAAAUUGUACAUGCUGUAAUUUUGUAUUGAGAAGUUGAGUAGUUCGAACAGAAGAUCAGAAGCAAGCAGAAGAGUCUUGGAGUGAGAGUCAAAGCAUAAGGACGUAAUAAUUAUCAAGUGCAAGUGCUUAUAUACACUGUUGCUCUGUACUGUACCAUUUAAUACGAGUUACGUGCUUGUAGUAUAUACUAGCACACACUACUGUAUAUACACUGCUCCUGAAAAUCAAACAGCAAGACAAAAAAAAAAUAAAUUUAUUAAAAAAAUAAAUUUAUUAAAAAAUAAAAAUUGUGGUUAAUAAAUUAAAAGAAGCAUAAUAAAUAAAUAAAACGGAGAGAGGGUCAUUUAACAGUCAUAACUUAUAUCACGAUGCUCGUUUUGAUGGUUAACAGAGGAAACGGCAAGAGGCUAAAGCAGCACCAGCAACAGCGGCCAACUACCACCACCACUUCUAAUAUACACAACACGGCUAAGUGAAAAAUUGUGAAGUCUAAAAAUUAUACUCAAGUUUUCAAUUGCGUAGCUGCGUAAUAAAUAUUAAUUAUUAUUAUUAUUGCUGCUUAGUAUUUAUUUAAUAAGAUUUUGUGGAUGAAAAUAUGGAAAUUAAAACUGGGAGCUCCAAUAAUUGGAGACUUUUUAAUACGUCUUGCAUUGAAAACAAAGAUGAACUUGAAGAGAAAUUUGAACGCUGUCAUGGUGUGCUCCAGGGACUUACUGCUGGUUUGUCGGAAAAGGAAGCACAUGAUACAUUAAAUAAUGCAGUUUGUAAGGAUAAAACUCACGAAGAAGUAUCCUUGGGUCUUUUGGUUGUUAUUUUAACAGACCCACAAGAUGCAACUAAAAGUUAUCGUGAUUUAACAUUAAUUACACGUGAUGGACUGGCUAUUGUGCUAAGUCAUUUAAAUCAAUUAGUGCUUGAACGGUAUUUAAGAUUAAAUGAUACAACACGUAGUCAAUUAUUGUGGUUGUUACGUGAAUUAAUAAGAACAAAUAUUGCUGGUGUUGAUAAUUUAUGUUUGAGUUUAUUGAGACACGCUGCUGGUGGUGAUAUUUCACCUAGGAAUAUUUAUUUAGUUGAAGCAUUACUUGAUAUUUUUCAAGACAAUCGACCCUGGGUAGGAAAUUUUCCUUAUUUAGUUGCUUUUAUUGUUUAUACUUAUUUACGGUUAAUUGAAGAUCAUAGUGCUCCUCAUUUACAACAAUUGAGGGCUAAGGAGGUUACUUUUACUGUUACGUUAAUCAGAGAACAUAUUGUUGACUGUUUACUUAUUGGGAGAGAUCUAGUACGUUUAUUACAAAAUGUAGCAAGAUUACCAGAAUUUGAGAGCCUUUGGCGUGAUUUAUUAACAAAUCCGAGAUCACUAAAUCCAAAUUUAACCGGCGUACUACAAUUAUUGCAAACACGUACAUCACGUCGUUUUUUACAAUCACGCUUAACUCCCGAUAUGGAGCGUAAACUAGUAUUUUUAACAGCAAGCGUACGUUUUGGCAAUCACAAACGUUAUCAAGAUUGGUUUCAACGGCAAUAUUUAGCAACGCCAGAAUCGCAAUCAUUGAGAUGUGAUUUAAUAAGAUUUAUUGUUGGAGUAAUACAUCCAACAAAUGAAUUAUUAUGUUCAGAUAUUAUUCCACGUUGGGCUGUUAUUGGAUGGUUGUUAACUACUUGUACAUCAAAUGUUGCUGCCAGUAAUGCUAAAUUGGCGUUAUUUUAUGAUUGGUUAUUUUUUGAUCCUGAAAAGGACAAUAUAAUGAAUAUUGAACCAGCUAUACUUGUUAUGAAUAAUUCAAUGAGAUCGCAUCCUGCUGUCACUGCUACACUUUUGGAUUUUUUAUGUCGGAUAAUACCAAAUUUUUACCCAGCACUAACAGAUAAAGUUCGUAAUGGUAUUUUUUCAUCAUUAAGGCAAAUAUUAGAAAAACGUGUAUUGCCCUCACUGUAUCAAUUGUUUGACAAUUCAAAAUUAGAUCGUGAAUUACGUAUUAAAAUACGGGAAAACUUUAAAGAAUUUUGUUUACAAUCAAACGCUGACUCUGCUAUCAGUAAUAAAGCUCCUAUAAAAUAUAUAGGUAAAAUAGAGGAAAUCAACAAAGACAUGGGUCCAGGAUUAAUGUUAGACAAUAAUUUAAUGCCAGGAACUGUAAUUGCUUCGACAACAUUAAAUUCAAAUGAAAAUAAUUAUCAUGGACAAGAUCCAGAACCAGCAUUUAGUGACGAUGAAGAGGAAAUACCUUUGAGGAUAGUGACUAAAGUAAAAGACGAGGAUGAAAAUGAAAACGACAAUGACGACGAAAAUGAAGUCGACGAUGAGCAUAACAAUGAUGAUAACGACGAGGAGGAUGACGACGACGUUCCUUUAUCAAAAAUAAAAUUAAAAAAAGACCGAGAGCGUGAAUUAAUAAAACAAUCUUUAUCAUCAUCAUCAUCUUCCUCAUCAUCAUCUUCUACAUCUUCAAAUUGCAUAAUAAAAGACAUAACUUGUCACUUAAACAUCACUUUGGAGCCUGAUGAAGUUAAAUCAGCUGUAAAUAAUCUUUAUAAUGAGACUGAUAAUGAGUCACGUUGUCAGACGAUGGAACGAAUUGUCCAAAUGAUUCUUGAAGAUGAUUUAGGUGUAGAUUCAAUUACACCACUUGCUAAUUGUUUAUCAACAAUUUUAGCAUCUGAAAUAACUUCCGAUAUAUUUCCUUCAAAUAAUUCAAAUGAUGAAUCAUUAAUUGACAGUAUAAGUACACCAAUAUUUGUAAUGUUUCGUAAUUAUUUCCAAUUGUGCAAAGAAGAAGAUAGUAGAAAAAAAUUCCUGGGUCAUAUGUUGGCUGAGUUACGAAAUUUGCAACCUUCAAUUGGAUAUUUAUUAUUGUAUUUUUUAAAAGUUUGGGGUCGUGAGGAGGAAAAACGUGAAGGAUUAGCAUCAAAUAUUACCAAUGAAGUAAAAGCUGCUGUCUAUAAAGAUUUUUCUCACCAUCGAAAUAAAAAAUUAGAAGCUUGUUUGCUCGAUGAUUUGAAAAAUUGCCAUCAAGAUAAUGUACUUUUAUUGUGUUACUUGGUACCAGAUGUGUUUAUGGGCUUUCAAAAUAUCGCACUGGGUAAUGCAACUCUUCUGCACUUAGUUGUCAGUACUGUUGACUCUUGUCAGUUGCAAGACCUAGUGUGUCAAAUACUCCAAGGACAAUUGAAGAUGCUGGAGAAAGAUUCUUUUAAUGGCUUGCUUAUCAAGAGUCUAGAGUGGGAAACUUUUGAACAGUAUUGCUUUUGGCAACUUAUUACUGCUCAUGAUUUUCCGAUUAAGUAUGUCCUUCCAGUAGUUCCUAAACUGCAAUUUAAAAAUCAUGCGGAAGCUAUGACAGCGAUAUUGUUUAUGUUGAAGCAAGAAAGACCAACCCUGGAACUAUUACGUCAAUUAUUUACUCGUCAAAAUAAUGAUGGUGAUACAUUUGUCGUAGCGGCACUUCGUUAUUGGUGUAGAGAUUAUGAAGACAAAUUAGGUGAACUAUUGGCUAAUUUAUUGAGCACACGUUAUCCCGCAACAAGUCCAAAUAAACGGAAACGCGCCGGCGCUAAACAAAAUCAACAGCAGUCCGGACCACCCACUGGAGAACAAGUAUUAGGUCAUUUAGAUCAAUUACGACAACAUUGUCGUGCAUCUUCAGAUUUACAAUUGUAUCAAACUGAAGGAAUGCAAAAAGCACUUCAACAAGCUCAAGCUGCUAGCAGCGAUAGUUUGAGAAAAAGUUAUGGUGAUUUAUUUGCACUUGCUGAAGUUAAUGAAGAAAAUGAACCACCUCCUCCGCCACCUACAUCUUCAUCACGUAAACACACUGCAUCAGCUACAGGAUCUUCGAAGACUGGAGCUGGUCAUAGAAAAAUUAUUUCUACUAGAGAAAGAACCGCCAGUAAACGGCCGCCUCCUAGAGACCGUAAUAGUGACAGUACUGACCAAAGUAGUGAGGAUGAAAUGAUUACUAAACCAAAACAAGCAAAAAAAAGGAAAAAAGUUUAUGCCGUUGGAUCGGACAGUGAUUGACCAUCAAGUGUCUUCUUAUUCUUCUUAAACCUAAAAUUAACUAAUAUUAAAAAUAAUAAUAAUAAUAACAAUAAUAAGGAUCAUCUUUUUUCGCAAAAAAUAUCCAUACAUAAAUUA